CGGAGACACUCGGCAACCUUUUCUCAACCCUUGUUGACCUCGAGAGAGUCAUCGUAUAGAUCUUAUUAUUGCAUGCAACUACGCACGGCGUCCGUUCUUUGGUGUCUUCACAAUCUAUCGACAAGCGCAAAAUCCGACUUAGACGCCCGCAGUGCAGCUUUCUGCAUCCAAGUGAGACCGAUGAGGUUUUCUACGGGCCGGACAUCUCCCAUGGAAGUUCGAUCUGGCAGGCCAUCGACUGCUAUUUAUGGGACGUGAGACCCCUUACGAUGACACACCAGCUCCAUACAGCCCGCGGACAACAUGGACGGCGGCAGCAACGAUAUUCACAGCGACGAUGAGGCCUACGAUGGCCCAGAUGCCAUUCUUGACGAUGAUGAGCUAGAUUUCGACAUAGAGGACGCUAGAGAGGAACUAGAGCAGGCUCAGGAGGGCGGAGCGCUUGCCCCCGGGAAUUCGAUAGCCCAAAUAUUACGCUCUCUUUUUGAUCUCCAACAAGGCUCUGUUGGGAAUAGUGGUAUGCAAACCACUAAUACUCAAGCUCGCGUUUCCAAUGUCGGGCUUCUAGAUCUGGGUCGUCUUCUGGGAGCUCAUGCAACGACGGACACCAAUGACGAUGAUGAAGAGGGCGACGAAGACCUUGAGGAUGAUGACGACGACAAUUAUGUCUAUGAGAGUAGGAGCGAUGCGCGUCCUGGCUUCAUGUUGCCCCAUCGAGAACCCCAGAAGAAGGGUGUUGAGAUGUUGAUGAGCGGAGAAUAUGGUCGCGUUGCUGAUAGACUUCCCUUCAAGAGACGCGAACGAAAUCUGGCGAGGCGGUUUCUUCAUCGAUCUUCUCGGCGGCAUGCGCCCAUCCAGAGGGAAGAUAUCGCGCAUAAUUUGAUCCCCAACUCCAAUGGCACCGCAGUCGCAAGUUAUGAUGCAAAUGCAUACUGUGGGCAGUUCUCUGCUGAUUCCUCGUUUUAUUACACUUGCUGUCAAGACUUCCGCCUUCACAUGUAUGACAUGACUGCACCACCUUCCGGUAUGGGUCCGGGGCGACGCCCACAUCUUAAUCGUGGCUCGUUACGCUCCUAUGAUGACGAUCACGGGCACAAAACCUCAUUAAAGGUUCUCAAGACCAUCCGAGGUGCUCCUGGACGAUGGACCAUCACGGAUUCGCACCUUAGUCCUGACAACGAAAGAAUGAUAUAUUCGUCUCUGGUAAUUCCGAUCUAUACACCGACUGUGUAUAUGACGAACACCUUUGAUUCGUCAGCGACUCAGACACCGAUCCAUUUCGGUGAUUCUAGACGGAGACAACCUCGUACAAUGUGGGGGUUCUAUGAUGAGGAUUCCUUUGGCAUCUGGAGCUGCAAAUUCUCUGCAGAUGGGAAUGAAGUCAUAGCAGGUGGAAGCGGUCAAAUUCUUGUCUAUGAUCUGCUGGCAGACCGCAGAACAGUAAAAAUCCAUGCUCACGAAGAUGACGUGAACAGUUGUUGUUGGGCAGAUACAGCAUCUGGGAAUGUCCUGAUUAGCGCAUCUGACGAUACGUUCCUCAAAGUCUGGGACCGUCGUUCACUUGGUGCAUCUCCGAAGCCAUCCGGUAUUCUGGUCGGUCACACCGAAGGCAUAACAAACGUAUCAGCCAAGGGUGAUGGACGCUAUAUCAUAUCCAAUGGUAAAGAUCAGGCCCUUCGGCUAUGGGAUUUACGCAAAAUGUGUGGUAACGAGGAGUUUGAGAGUGGAGGAGCUGGCAGGGACUACCGGUCGGGUGGCUUCGAUUAUCGUUAUGGGACAUACCCGAAGCUAAAGCGCUCCGCACAUCCCCACGAUUGCAGUGUCAUGACAUACAGAGGUCAUGCUGUCCUGAGAACACUCAUUCGAUGUCAUUUUAGUCCCGCAGAGACCACUGGUUCGCAGUAUAUAUACUCCGGAUCGGCCGAUGGCAAGAUACAUAUUUGGUCCUUGGAUGGACAAGUUGUCCAAGUUCUCGAUAGGUCACAAACUCUGCCGAUGUCAUAUGACCCGUCAGGUCCUGAAUUGCCCCCACUUGGCGGAAGGCAAGGUGGUCUUUGUGUACGCGACGUAAGCUGGAGCUCUACGACACCCGUGUUGAUGAGCGCUGGCUGGGAAGGGCGCAAUGAUCAUGGAAGCAUUGUUGCUCGGCAUGAAUGGAAGGGGCUAUCCAAGAUGAAUGGAAGUCUUGAAGAUCAUGUCGAAAGGCAGAAGUUGGAAAGAGGGGAAAGAGCAGCUAGGCUUCCGGAAGGACGUGCUCUUGGCAUUGAUAACGCACAAGACGUCAUAGACAAGGCCCGGGAAGCUGCAGAAUCUCGCGGGAUGAAGGACGUCGGCGCAGAUUCUCAGCUCUUUGGCUUUCCCCCUGGAUACUUUGUCAUAAGAUCCGAUUCCACAGGCCGCCUCCUCGAUGUUGCCGCGGACUGGGUAGAAGACGGCGGCGACGUCAUCCUUUACCCAGAGAAAGAGAAGUCCUUGGUUGAAAGCCUUAGGAAUCCUGACGCCAAUAACCAGGUUUUCUUCAUUGAUACAUCUGGCGCUUUAUGUUCGAGGUCUUCAGGACAUGCUCUGGACAUUGAAAAUGACCGGUUGGUAUUGCGUCACCGACGGCCUAUCUCUCAGCCCUAUCCCAACGCCUAUUCCCAUCCACUCCCACGUUUCGCUUACUCUCGACAAACGAAGGAGAUUAUCGUGACAAGUGCUUGGAAUUAUGAUUCAGUCCAAUCCAACUCGACGUCUGCUUCAAAUCAGAAAGCUCAUAUCUUAGCAGCCCUUCCAAUUACAAAGCGGCGCUCCGUAUUUGACAAUGCCUCGGAGUUCUUUUCGACUGCCGUCAACACCUCGUUCUCGCUUAUAUCGGGAAAACCUUCCAGUCAUCACCCCAGACCGGAAGAAGUCUAUGACGGCGACAUUGACUUGAAGGAAGACGAAGUGCUUGAGCAGGAUCGAGGGAUCGAAGGGGAGGCAGAUGAUUCCCCUGACCUUGCUAGGAAAGUUCGGAUUAUCACCGUCAAUCCUCGGGACCCACCACCGCAUGGUGCCAACGCUCAGAAGCGGCGGCAGUGGACGAUCCAACCUCUGAGAGUUAAUGCUGCUCGAAGAUCUCGCGAACAGUGAUGCGUUCUCCAUACUUUGAUUUCGUACUUCACCUCGCAUACUUGUACUGGCUAACGUUGAUGUAGCAUUAACCAGGCCAUCGAUAUCUCGUAUCAUUUUGUAUCAUUUUGUAUCAUUAUUACUGUGCGUUUCCAUUCUUGUAAUCAAGUCUUCGCAUGUCAG